UGCCCACAGUUUUCAACUGUGAUUAUGUCAUCUUGCGCACUUUUUACCACACGCACUCAAGUGUGCAGACAACUGGCACACACGUAUCUUGGCAGGACGUACGCAUCUCGCCCAGCUCUAAAUGAAGUUGUCAUCGCCAGUGCAGUUCGGACCCCAAUGGGGUCUUUCAAGGGAAGCCUUGCUUCUGUGCCUGCCACUAAACUGGGCUCAGUUGCAAUUAAGGGGGCUAUUGAGAAAGCAGGUAUAGCUCCUGAGGAGGUGAAGGAGGUGUACAUGGGGAAUGUACUGCAGGCAGGUGAAGGUCAGGCACCAACCAGACAAGCCCUCCUUGGUGCAGGUCUGCCACUCUCCACUCCAGCAACAACAAUAAACAAAGUAUGUGCCUCAGGAAUGAAGUCCAUUAUGAUGGCAGCUCAGAGUCUGAUGUGUGGACACCAGGACGUGAUGGUAGCAGGGGGUAUGGAGAGCAUGUCCAAUGUCCCAUACGUGAUGGCCAGGGAGGCACCCCCGUACGGAGGGGUGAGGAUGGAGGACCUGAUCGUGAAGGACGGACUUACAGACGUCUACAACAAGUUUCACAUGGGAAAUUGUGCAGAAAACACAGCCAAGAACAGUGAAAUCUCCAGAGAAGAACAGGACGCCUAUGCCAUUAAUUCAUACACUCGCAGCAAAGCAGCGUGGGAGUCCGGGGUCCUGGCCAAAGAGGUCGUCCCAGUGAGCAUCCCGCAGAGAGGGAAACCCGACGCGGUGGUUACCGAGGAUGAAGAAUGGAGACGGGUCGACUUUAGCAAAGUUCCCAAGCUGAAAACCGUGUUUCAGAAAGAGAACGGUACAGUCACUGCCGCUAACGCCAGCACCCUGAACGACGGUGCAGCCGCCCUGGUCCUGAUGACGGCAGAGGCGGCAAAGAGACUCCACGUCACUCCGCUGGCCAGGAUUGUAGCUUUUGCCGACGCUGCAGUGGCACCCAUUGACUUUCCCAUCGCUCCAGCCUUUGCUGUACCCAAGGUUCUGGAGGCGGCCGGCGUGAAGAAGGAGGACAUUGCCAUGUGGGAGAUUAACGAAGCCUUCAGCGUGGUGGUCCUGGCCAACAUUAAGAUGCUAGACAUCGACCCGAGCAAAGUCAACGUGAACGGGGGGGCCGUCUCGCUCGGACACCCCAUCGGAAUGUCUGGGACGAGAAUUGUGGGACACAUGGUUCACAACCUGAAAUCCGGGCAGUACGGAUUAGCAGGAAUCUGUAACGGUGGGGGUGGAGCCUCCUCCAUCCUCAUACAGAAAUACUAGGAUGUUUGAGGUUUAAAGUGAGCAGACUAAAGCUUUGUUGGAAGACUGUUUGAUACAGGUGCGUAUACUCCAAUGGCUGGUUGAGGAAAAAGAAAUAUUUCUCUUGAAAUAUAUGAACUUCUGCUAGAGGCCUUCUAUACUGUAUUUUCACUCCAAGUACAUCACUCCCAUUUAGGUCUUUUUUUUUUUUUUUUUAAAUGGGCUCUUUGAAUCAGUACACACACUCUUCAUAGAAUGUUUGACCUGAACUCAGCAAAGCAAAUAUUUAUAUUAAGCAUUAUCUGUCUCUGAGACUGUUGUUUCUGUAUUAGAAGGUAAAACGAUGUUUUGAUAUCCUUUUUUUGGAUUGUGUAUG